UAGAAAUAAAAUAGAAACUCUUGUGGGAUUUAAUACAAACGUUCAAAACGCUUAUUGUAGUAGCAAGGUAAUGAGCAUGGUAAAACACCUACUCCUAAAGCUUCAGUAGAAGUAUUGAAAAAACGAGAUGAUAGUUCAUCAACAGUUGCCAAUGUCCGUAAACUUGGCUUCAUUUGAUUUUUUAUUAAUUGAAAUGGUUCAUCUGGCGAGACGUUUGUCUGAACAACAAGAAACGGCGGUUUCAAAUGAUGAGCGAAUGGAAAAGGGCCAUAAUUUUCUCGAAAACAUUGGUUUUCAAGUAGGUAGAAAACUUUCUGAAAGGCUAUUAUUGACUAGGAAUAGGAUUACCGAGAGCAUAGACGUUAUGCGAUUCCUAUGUCGAGAAUUAUGGCCCAUUGUGUUUCGUAAACAGUUGGAUAAUUUAAAGACGAAUCGGAAGGGAACUUUUGUGGUUACGGACAACUACUUUUUUUGGUUUUCCAAAAUGACAGCUGCCACUGGAACAGAAAUGAAAGAAUAUACGACUCCUUACCUCUAUUUCCCUAGCGGAUUCAUUCGAGGAGUUAUGCAUGCUUUUGGGUAUCCAGUACAAGUGAUUGCUCAAUGUCCGAAUCUCCCUAUGUGCAUCUUUCAAGUUCGUUUUCCCCAGCCUUCGAAUAUCCCAACUGGUGAAAAUGCUCCGUCCAACCCGGCGUCAGAAUCAGUGCAAAAUAUUCCCCAACAGAAUACCGAUCUUUCAAGAACUAGUGAUCGCUCUCUAUCGUCAACUACUCUGGGUGUUAGUAACACACCAUCCCCAUUGAAUCCCACAAAUUCAUCUCAUCCUGAAAAUAGCUGAAUAUGGUUAACAGUCUUUAUGAGCGGAAAUUACUCUGUGUAGCAUUUCAUUUUAAUCCAUACGUUACCUACUACUAAGAUCUUUUCCUUCUAGUCUGAUUGAUUGCAAUACUAACGAUUAUCAUGAGAUAUAUUCUUUUUAUUCAGUUGCUUCGCGAUUUAUGAAAAUGACAUUUUUAUUCAUUAGCAUCCAAAACUUUGUCUACUUCCUGGUUGAUUCAAGACUGACUAGUUAGCUCAACAAAUGAAACAAUCGUCAACAAACACCAUGUCUAACAAAAAAAUCAUGAAAUGUCGGUAAGAGAUGAAACCCUUUACUAUAUUGUUUUAUGGACAAUAUUACACCGCUCGAAUUCAUGUCGUUUUCAUAGUUAACAACUUACCUCUUAAUGAUGUGAAAGUUGCAGUCCAAGAAUCUUUCCACACAAUUCUGCAAGCAUUGCUCUUCGCUCUUGUCAAACUUAUUUCCGAUAGUGCCGACACAUUUAGGCCAGCAAGUAGCAGUGAACUGAUGAAUUGCUAACAUUAUUAGUUACCGAUCGAGAAACUUUUAUAGUCCAUGUUUCUUACCUUGCUGCAACUUCACCUUUUGCUGUUCAGUUUCAAUAAAUUUGGAGAGUUCAAGCUGUUGAGUUUCGCUCAAAUCAGCAAUAGGAUUUUUAGAUGGAUCGGCCAUUAUUAAAUUUACCAAAAUUAAAAAAUAAAAAAAUUCUGGAGGAUGAUGGGUCUUCUCAGGUUCUUCAUUGGUCUCAUUGUGCUAAUGGGUAUGUUACUUAGAGACAACAGGUUACAAUCUGUCAAAAAUACUGAAAAACAGAAGUCCAAAUCCUCCUUGAGAGAAACGCUGUUAGAAACAGUAAUAAAUAAAAUAAAAUGAAAAGAGAAAUCGAUACUUGAUAUUCUUCCCAAGAAGUUAAACUUGGAAAUGUGUUGUUUGAAUUUUGGCAAUAUAAACAAUAGAGUGAGGGUAAUGUACAACCGGUUAAAUGUAUAAAUACAAAAAAAUAUUAAGUAAAAGAUCUUGGGAGUUUAUUAGUCAAAAUUUUAAAAGGAGCUUUCUCAUAGCCUUGCUCAAAGGGUCUUUUAGCCUACCAACCAUAGCGGAGAUUAUCUAACUAUUUAAGCCCUAUCCGAAUCGUUUUUGAGCUAUAAACUAAGAUACCAACGCAGUUCAAUCUAACUCCCAUUGGCGUACUUUGUUUGAUACAAAACCGAAUAAUGAUCUAAAAUUAUAACACUUCGGAUAACCGAUUUGAUUAGGAGAUUUUCAACUUGUAUAUGUACAAUGUAUGAAUUGAUAGGACAAGCUACGGUUUUGUCGAUGUGUAUAGCUUCGUAUAGUAUUGAAAGUUCAACUUCGCGAAACACCUAAACAUGAUCUACUUGUCUUAACUUACAUAUAACAUCUGUAUAAAUAUCGGAUAGAAAAGAUCAUUUGGAAGUAUUUACCACAAGAAGUGAAGCUUUCAUGAAUGUCAAAUGAAAGCUCUACCUGAAAUAGGAAACUAUACUCAAGUGCAAGCAAUGAAUUUGAUCACACCAAAACAAUCUUUGAGUACAGUGAGAAGAUGAGUAUACCAAUUCUAUCUGAAUAAGAUGCUUUUACAUCUUAUUCCUAAUCAACAGAGAGUAUUUUGUACUUUGCUUCACAACUUACGCAAGAUUUGAAGCGCAAUAACUUCGGUAUCGAAAAUGUAAAGAAAGAAUGACCUAAAAAAGCCAGUUUAAUCAGUUUGGACCAUGUGCAGUAACAAUUACAAUUCGAAUUGCGCGUUGAUCAUACCUGCAUUACCAUAAACACAUAUGGAAUAGCCGGAAAUAUGCUGCUACAGGUGUCAACAAAGACAGCUUUAUCAGCAGACUAGGAAGAAUAAGCAAUGAAAACAAUCAAUAUUCUUAAACAGAAGGAUUUUGAUCGAUUGAUGCUUAAACGAUAUGCCUUAGGGUCAUAUGAAAGAGGAGACAAAAGUAAAAGAACGAUAGCAUAACCAGCUAUUAAUUAAAAAUCAUUGGGAUAUUGGU